UUAAUCCUCAACAGCUUUACUUUGUGGUUUCACUGUCAUGGACCUCAUAAACAAGUUUCCAAGAGCUGGAUGAUCUUCCUAAAACAUCUUACAAUUGCUGACCUUUUGCUAUGUUUUAGCCUCCCAGUUCGAAUCAUGCACCACGCCAGCAGCUCAUUCACUAUUAGUCUCCUCUCCUGUAGCGUUGGAACCUCAGUCCUGUACCUCAACAUGUUUGCCAGCAUCUUGUUCAUGGGCUUCAUCGCUGCUAACAGGUACAUGAAGAUAUUUCACUCUUUAGAAACUAACUUCCUGAUGACUACUAAAGCCAGCCACAUAAUCUCGGUGACUGUGUGGUUUGUUCUCCUGGCCAUUGCAACAUCUUACACCAUCCUGAUGCUGAUGACCUACGAAGCUACUCAAUAUCACCGCACCUGUGAGCAUUUUAUGAAUAAGCGUGUGAAAACCCUUUAUUUGGCUAUCCAUACUUUUGCUGCCAUCUCCUUCCUGUCAGUGCUUUUCUCCCUAAUUUUCUUCUACUGCAAAACCUUCCACAGGUUGCGAAAGAUCCAACAGAGGCAGCUGGGCUCAUCGAGCACUAAGCUUGUGAAGUCUUGCAGGAACAUGUCGGUGUUAGUCAUUGUUUUCUGCUUUUGCUUUGUUCCUUAUCAUGUUGUUCGAUUUCUGUAUGUCUUAUUACAAGGACAUUGUUCACAGGUGUUUUACUACAUAAAGGAGACGGCUGUCUUAAUAUCAGUUUGUAACAUCUGUUUGGAUCCUGUUAUCUAUGUAUUUCUCUGUAAAGACUUCAGGACUAAGUUUAACUUGAAAGAACUGUUCUGCACAAAAAGACACAAUUAAUCCUAUUGUCAUGGUCUUGGCGCUGAUGGUUGGUAGUUUCAUUUACUCCUGUUCACCUGUCUAAUUGGCCCUGCGGCUCAACGCUUAUCGUUUCCACCUGGUUCUUGCUGCUAUUUAUGCUGUUUGUCAGCCUACCAUCGGUGCCAGAUUAUUCAAACUGUUUGGUGAGAGUAAUUCUAGUGAUCAAGUAAUAAUUAUGUCAUUCUGAUUCUGACCUGUUUUCUGCCUUUGGAUAUCCAAGUUUUUGUCCUGUGCUUGUCUGCUCUGUCAGUUUGUGUCAGGUUUAUGAUUAUAAAAUUAAUGCAUGUGCAUAUAGAACAUUAAAAUGAGAUGCUUAACUUUUUUUACUGCAAACUGUCAUGCAAACUUUGGUAGAAAACUGCUGAUGUUUGUGCAAGGAUAAUCACAGUCAUCGGGAGACCGCUCUAUUCUGUGAUUCAAUCAAGAGGAGCAUUUUGUUCUAUGACCCGAUCAAUUGCCUUGUCAGAAGAACACUGUUCUGUAACCCACCCCAUGUGUUAUGAUCUGCUAAUAAAAGGCUUCUGCUGAGGAGACCCAUCAGAGAGCAG